GCUUCAUCGCUUGCCUCCUCUUGCCUUCUACUCAUCUGAGCAACUGACUCACUUCCAUCACUCAACACCAUGGCCAACUGUGGACCUUCCUCUGCUGUCCCAUCCUUUGAAGCCACUCCAACCGUUGCCUUUGGAUCCGGAGGUUCCAGAGGAUUUGACAGAGCUCUUGGCUAUGGCUAUGGCUCUGGCUUCGGCUACGGCUCUGGCCUUCGUUCCGGCUAUGGCUAUGGCCUUGGGGGCAACAUUGAAUCUGCAGCCAAUUUGGGAGUGCUCGCUGGAGUGAUUCCAUCCUGUAUCAACCAGCUUCCCCCAAUAGAAGUCGUGAUCAAACCAGCUCCAGUUUCGCUCACUGUCCCAGGCGCCAUCAUCUCUGCCACCCCUGAGCCAGUCGCUGUCGGAGGAUAUGCCCCAUGUGCCGUUAGUGGAGUUGGCCUUGGUGGAUUUGGUGGAUUUGGUAGUGGAUAUAAUGGUGGGCUAUAUGGUGGGCGAGUUAGUGGGCUCCUUGGAAGUAGUGCUGGAUUCCUGGGAAGAGGCAGCAUCUGUGGACCCUGCGCGUAAGUUCUCAUAGAUCUUUGGUCAGAAAAAGGAAAAACGGAACAUCACACAAUGGAACGCCGAGGCCUGAUUUUAGCUGAACCGAGCACCCCCUUCCUAGGUGAAGUCCAAUGGAGCUGGGGGAGUGUUUGGUAUCACUAGAAGUGAGGUCCACCUAUCCCUUUCAUGAUUCUGCUUUCAGUCUAAAUGCAUCCCUCUUUAGAUUCCCUCUUUAUGUUCUUAUCGUUCUCUCUCUACAAUGCUUCCCUUGAGAUAAAAUCCCUAAACCUCUCCUGUGAAUUUAGCAAUCCAAUCCAAGAAUGCAUAACUUUGAGAUACUGUAAAGAAACUACAGAAACAUGUUAUGUUAAUCAGAACGACAACCAUGUAUGUACCGGAAAAGCUGUUCAUUCCAUUGCAUUCUUUGUGACCUAUUAUUUUCAGAACUGUUUGUGUUUCUUUUGGAUUUGCCAACUUCCAGUCUUUAAUAAAAUUUUCUUUGCAUGAUAA